AUGAGGAAGCGGGAAACGGCGAUUCUCGCAUUCUAUGGACUGGCACCUUUUAUCUGCACCAUCUCUCAGUGCAAACAUAGAAACAACAAUUACCAGCAAUUCAUCUCAGGUGAAAGCCCUUACCGCGUCCUCUCUCCCCAGAUGAACCACUACCACGCCCUCACCUCCACAAGGGGUUCAAGUCCAGCUAUGUUCUUAUUGGUUGGAAGAGGUUGUACUGGAGCUCAUCCAGAAGUCUCUCUGUCAUCAGAGGGUGGAGUGAGAGAGGAGAGAUGCUGGAGCAUCUGUGAAACACACAUUCAAAAAAAUCUGUUCAAGACUGCAGACACACAAGAGAUUCAUGCUGUGUGUUCAGUGACAUCAACAUUCACAACACAUGAUGAAGGAAUGAGGUGUCCUUCCCUGUUAGGAGAUAAACCACCUAAACAAGAUGCAGUGAUUGGGAGAUGGACCUUCCCAUUGCCUUGGGGUGUGUUCCAGAAAAAGGUCCUGAGCCUACUGGUCGACAUCCGCCAUCGCCUGAAGGAAACGCAUCCUGCCUCUUCAGCUGUCCAUAUAGAGAGGAUUGACACCAUGGAGGACUUUGAGUUGCAGGAGCAACACCUCUCUGAUGCACAGGCCUUUAAUACCCUGGAAGCAGUACGCCGUCUUCACAACUCCGAGACAAAUUGUAGGCGCUAUGAACCGGAGCAAGGACUAACCUCACCUCAUAACGAGGCCGUGACCUCAUAUUUGCUCGGAGCUAUGUCUGCAAGUCCAGAUUUACAUGAUGCUGAUAAUGACGACAUUGUGUCUGCCUGUAAAACAUAUUACGAGACCGUGCGCAGGAGCUUCAGGUACAAACAACCAGAUCUUGCAUCGCAGGCGGAAGCUGUGAAGAGUUCAGCUCGGAGUCGAGCGAGAAGAAAGUGGCUGCUAGAAGCGAGACAGAGUGUGCUGGCUGAGGAUGAGGUGGGCCUUUGGAAGUGCGCUACCAUAGACCUAAUGUCGGAUGAGGAAGACUGCAUCGUUGGCGGGGUGUCUGGAUGGAUUGUGCGACCUCCGUCUUUUCGCAGCCAGGAGCUCACAGAACUCUGUGCCACACUGCAGUCUAGAUUAGAGGCGAUGCCAAAAUACAGGGCAACGCACCACAGACGUCUGCAAAAUAGACCAAAUUCGGACAGAAUUACCUACAGCCACGAAGCUGAAAACAGACACUUCAUGGUGCUGUAGGAUUUUGGGCUUCUCGUGAGCUUCCAAUUUGUUGUGUGGGCAGAUCUCAUAUGUUUGUGUGUUUGUGCAAA